GCUUCAUGAUCUGGGAACAGCCGGGGGGAUUUCGUUUGCGCCAGUCGUUUUUAAUAUAUAUAUAUAUAUAUAUAUAUAUAUAUAUACGUAUAUUUAAUGCAUCUAUUGUAAAUUGACAUAAAGUGCCGAGCGUGGGAGAAGGAGGUGAAUGAGAGCGAAGACAAUGAUUCCCUGUGUAUAGGGUCAAUGAGAGCUGUACUAGCUGGUGGCUAGUCUCUUCCUAAUCUCUGUAUUUAUGGAGACCCCGAGAAGUGAAAGGCUGAGGGAUUCAGCUUUCUCAGGGUCCCUCUGGCGCUUAGAACGCCAGCCGCGUUUCCUUUCCCCUCAACCAUUACCCUGACCAUACAAGGAGAAACAGCUGUUGGGGGCGUCUCCAGGAUCUAAAGAUAGAGUCCCUUGCCUGAGACUAGAAAAUCCACUGGGCAGCUGGAGUCGCUAUGGCACAGCAACAUGCCAAGACCCUGUGGUAUGACAGGCCGAAGUAUGUGUUCAUGGAGUUUUGUGUUGAGGACAGCACUGAUGUCCGCGUGCUCCUGGAGGACCACCGCAUUGUGUUCAGCUGCAAGAAUGGUGAUGGAGUGGAGUUGUACAAUGAGAUUGAGUUCUAUGCCAAGGUGAACUCCAAGGACUCCCAGGAUAAGCGCUCUGGCCGCUCUAUCACUUGCUUUGUGAGGAAAUGGAAGGAGAAGGUGGCCUGGCCACGGCUCACUAAGGAGGAUAUCAAGCCAGUGUGGCUGUCUGUGGACUACGAUAACUGGAGAGACUGGGAAGGGGAUGAAGAGGUGGAGCUGGCUCAGGUGGAACAUUAUGCAGAGCUUUUGCAGAAGGUCAGUACCAAGAGACCUCCUCCUGCCAUGGAUGACCUAGAUUUCCAACUGGAUAGAUCCCCAGAAAGCAAAGAUAAACAGAAACUUACUCUGGAGGUGUCCUAA